AUGCUGAGACUGCCGCUGCAGGUGCGCCUGGUGGGCGGCACCAAUAGUUCGGGACGGGUGGAGCUGCGCUACAAGGGCGUCUGGGGCACUGCCUGUGAUGACGACUUCGACUCGGAGGAUGCUCAGGUGCUCUGCAGGAUGCUUGGCUUCGAGGGGGCGGCCGUUGUGCACCAGAACGCCAAGUUUGGACCGGGUACCGGCCAGAUCUGGCUCGACCAGGUCAACUGCAAGGGAACAGAGAAGAGUGUCGAUGAGUGCUACCAUCUGCCCUGGGGUCAGAGUAACUGCGCUCACGAGGAAGACGUGGGCAUCAGCUGCCACGCCAGUCCUACCUCCACCAAUAAGGUGGCAAGACCGACUGACCGUCCUGUGCUGAACAAUACGCUGCCGGCGUGGUGCGGCCGGCGAGUUGUCCCAGACACGCCGAUCGUACCUCUGGACCAGAACCCGAAGAUCGUCUCCGGGAAGACAACCGAGCCCGGCUCCCCCCGUGGAUUGGUGGGGGUGCGGAUCAGAGCCGGCGCCGAGACGGCGCACUGGUGCGGCGCCGUGAUCGUCUCCGAGUAUCACAUCAUCUCGGCCGCCCACUGCCUACUCGACUACCCGCAGCAGGUGUACGUGCUCCGCGUCGGAGACUAUGACAACCAGGUUGAAGAUUCGGGAGGAGGAAGAGUUCACCAUCGAGAGAAUGUAUCCUCAUCCGGAAUUCAACAAGGGCACCUACCUGAGCAAUGAUAUUGUCAUCAUCAGGGUCAAGGUAA